GGUUGCAGCUGAUGAUGAAGAGUGGGCUCUACAGUAAACAGUGGAAUUCUGAGCAUGUCCCGCAGCGAGAUCCGUCUCUGUUGAGCUCAUGUCCACCCCCUCCGCCGGACUGAGCGCUGCCCCUUUAUCUUGCAAUCAUACUGAGAGUUAUCCAGCACAGGGCACAGGACUGAGGGGAGGACAGGAGCCAUGGCCGUGUUCUCAGCGCUUCAUUUACUUUUUCUGUUCCAGCUGUUAACAUCGUCACUCGCCCAGGAGAGGCCGGGUCCUCGCGGCACACCUGGAGCGCCAGGGCCACCAGGACCCCCAGGGAAAGAUGGCAUCGAUGGUAAACCUGGCCCUGCUGGACUUCCUGGAAAGCCUGGGCCGAAAGGAAAAGCGGGAGCCCCUGGGGCCGCAGGGAUCCCGGGACUGCCUGGCCUCCCUGGUGUGGAUGGUUUGACCGGUCCGGACGGUCCAGCUGGCAAAGAUGGACCCCCAGGAGCAGCAGGAGACCCAGGACCUCCCGGACCAGGUGGACCCCCUGGCAGAGGCAGACCAGGAGCUCUGGGUCUUGCUGGAGAGAAUGGGCUUCCAGGUGCAGGACCUCAGGGGCCGCCGGGGCCUGAGGGUCUUCCAGGACUUCCUGGUCUUCCAGGCUUAGAUGGACCUCCUGGACUUCCAGGAACUCUUCCUGAAGGCAAUGGAGAUCUGCUGUGUCCGGCCAUCUGUCCUCCGGGUCCUCCUGGACCACCUGGAAUGCCUGGAUUCAAGGGUCAUACAGGUCAUAAAGGAAGCAAGGGAGAGUUGGGGAAAGAUGGUGAGAAGGGUGAUCAGGGCCCGCCUGGUCCGCCAGGAAUCCCAGGGACCGUGGGUUUACAGGGCUCUCGAGGGCUGAGGGGGCUGCAGGGUCCAGUCGGAGCAGUAGGAGACAGAGGAUUGCCUGGUUUCAGAGGAAAGCCUGGAAUUGCUGGCAUCAUUGGAAAAACCGGUGAUGUUGGUGAAAAAGGACCUCAAGGUUUCAAAGGGCCCAAAGGAGAGAUAGGAAAAAUAGGCCCCAAGGGAGUACCUGGAGGUGCAGGACCUAAAGGCGAACCUGGCAUCCCUGGCAGGGAUGGGAAGGAUGGGACUCAAGGACUAGAUGGUGAAAAGGGGGAUGCUGGUAGACCUGGAGUACCUGGUGAGAAAGGACCUAAUGGUCUGCCUGGUUUGCCAGGAAAAGCUGGUGCAAAAGGUGCCAAAGGAGUAGUGGGCAAUCCAGGAGAGAUGGGAGAAGCAGGACCAUCUGGAGAGCCAGGUAUACCUGGUGAGAUUGGCAUCCCUGGAGAGAGAGGAGAGACUGGACCCAGAGGAGUGGCUGGUGGCAUUGGACUACCUGGAACUGGACCCCAAGGUGUUAAAGGAUUCCAGGGUGUGAAAGGAGCUCUAGGUGAUCCAGGUCUGCCUGGCCCAACAGGAAUCAGAGGCGGGUUUGGUGAGAGGGGUCCAGUUGGAGCUGGAGGGCCUAAAGGAGAUAUGGGAGUUGCUGGAAGUGAUGGUUUACCAGGGGAGAACGGAGAGCCCGGUCCAUAUGGUCCUGUCGGCCAGAAAGGAGAGGCUGGUAAGCGUGGUGAACUGGGAGCCAAAGGAGUUGUCGGACCACAGGGAGAGAUUGGAGGCAGAGGGGCACCUGGAAAACCAGGACCAAUGGGAUUCCAGGGAGAACAAGGUUUUCCAGGGGUUGCUGGAAAGACCGGUGUUCCUGGUAAACUGGCUAGUGAGCAACACAUCAGGGAACUGUGUGGCUCAAUGAUUGAUGAUCAGAUAGCUCAGCUAGCUGCUAACCUGAGAAGACCCCUGGCUCCUGGUGCCGUGGGACGUCCAGGACCAGCUGGACCUCCAGGAAAGCAAGGAGAAGUUGGAUCCAUUGGUCACCCUGGAGCCCUUGGCCCGCCAGGCUAUAGAGGACUGCCAGGAGAUCUGGGUGAUCCUGGUCCUCGAGGGGAUGUUGGUGAACCAGGUGAUAAGGGCCCCAUAGGUAAAGCGAUCGAAGGGCCCAUUGGAGAUCAGGGUGACCAGGGUCUGCCAGGCGUGAAUGGCAUCGUCAAAGAUGGCCGUGAUGGAGCACCUGGAGAUCCAGGAGAACCAGGAGAAGCCGGAAGAGCCGGCAGACCAGGACACCAGGGAUCACCUGGAAUCUGUGACACUUCAGCGUGCCAAGGAGCUAUGCCUCAUGGGAAGUCCUCCAACCCCAAGAACCAUUAACACCAGAAAGAACAGAUUCCCUUUCAGGAAUGCUUUGGGAGGAGAAACGAAACUGAAGAAGUGUCAGUGGACAUCAAAGCAGCGUUUUUCAGAGCUGAACAAACGUCGAGAGUGGAAUGUUCAAGAUUCCAUCAGUGUAACUCAAGAACAUCCACAGGCUUGAAGUACAAAUGUGUAGAUACAACAGAAGACCAAAUACAUCACACCGUGGAACCAGUUGAUGUAAAAAAAAAAAAAAAAAAAAAAAAAAAAAAAUUCAAUCCUUGUAACGACUCUGUUAGAAGUGUCUUUGUCCAGCACCCAUUAAAAGUGUAAUGCUCUAAUGAAGUACAACGUUGAGCUUCAUAAGGGGUUUUACAGAACCGCAAAAUCUGAACUGAGGCAAGAACAGUAAAAAACUGGAGGCUUGUUUGAGGCAUCAAGAAAUGAACACAGAUAUAUUGGAUGUAUUACUGCAAACUGAUUUACUUUUUUCCAUUUUAUUCUUACAUUUAGUUCUUAAACGUUUAAAAUUCCGUCACCGUUUGAUGAAUGAGACGCUUCAGACACACUUACUGUAAAAUAUGUCAUUGGCCAUCUGUGGGCUUUAUCAACCGUAUCCACUAGAUACUGGUGCUGUAACUAUUAAAUAUGAUUUUAAAUACUA